CUAUUUUCUUAAUCUGGGAGCUACCUGGUCAAAUGGGGCAAACCCAGAGUACCCCACUCUCCCUCCUCUUGGCUAAUUUCAGGGAUGUUUGGGCUAGAGGCAAUGACCUGAGCCUGGCUAUCCGGAGAUCUAGACUCAUCACUUUUUGCCGCUCUGGAUGGUCAACCUACGGGGUAGGAUGGCCCACUGAAGGCACCUUCUGCCUACCUAUAAUUCUCAAGAUCAAAGCCCAGGUUCUCCUACCUGGGAAAGAGGGACACCCAGACCAAGCCCCCUACAUCCUGGUCUGGCAAGAUUUAGUGGAAAAUCCCCCUCCCUGGUUGGCCCACUUCCUGUCCUCAGGAAGUUGCAAGAUCCUUGCAGUUGCCCCCAUGCCAAUGGCCGCACCCGCUCCACCCCAAGCGGGAGCGGAGGGUCGAGAGGCGGUGGCCGCAGCCCCUGUCACCCACGGAGGGACCGACGGGCCUGCCGGGCACACUAGAGGGCGCUCUCAAAGGGAGAACCCUCCCCGGCUGCCGGACUCAACUCUCCAGUAUUGGCCCUUUUCAACCAGUGAUCUGUAUAAUUGGAAAACUCAGAAUGCGCAAUUUUCAGAUAACCCGAAAGAUCUUAUAGCUCUCCUAGACAGCAUCAUGUUCACACACCAGCCCACCUGGGACGACUGCCAGCAGCUCUUGCGUAUUCUGUUUACCACCGAGGAAAGAGAGAGGAUCCAGGUGGAGGCAAGAAAGCUGGUCCCCGGGAAAGAUGGCCGGCCAGUGGUCAAUCCAGACCUCAUUAAUGCAGGUUUCCCUUUGACCAGGCCUGACUGGGACUACAAUGCAGCAGAAGGUAGGAGACGACUGCUCAUUUAUCGCCAGACUCUAAUGGCGGGUCUCAGGGCUGCUGCUCACAAGCCCACCAAUUUGGCCAAAGUGUAUGCAGUGAUGCAAGGUAAGACAGAGAGCCCGGCAGCAUUCCUAGAGAGAUUGAUGGAAGCCUUUAGACAGUACACCCCCAUGGAUCCCGAGGCCCCUGAGAAUCGGGCAGCAGUGGUUAUGUCCUUCGUAAACCAGGCGGCCCCUGACGUUAAAAGAAAACUCCAAAAAUUAGAGGAUUUAGAAGGCAAGCAGGUUCAGGAUCUGCUCCGCAUAGCACAGUGGGUCUACAACAACCGGGACACCCCGGAGGAUAAACAGCUUAAAGCGACAAAGGAGAUGACCAAAGUCCUGGCUACCUUCAUCCAAAAGGAGUCUACCCCUCAAGGGGAAUCCCAAAUAGCCAGACAACCCAGACGUCCCCUAGAUAAAGACCAAUGCACAAAUUGCAGGGAAAAGGGACACUGGGCAUGUGACUGCCCUAAAAGGAACCCUCCGCGGGCUAAGCCGCAACCAUGGGAGCCAAAGCCCAACCCCAUUCUGUUUACCCAGAACUCUGACUAGGGGGGACAGGGUUCGGAUCCCCUCCCCGAGCCCAGGGUAACCCUACGAGUGGAGGGGAACCCCAUACAGUUUCUGGUUGACACCAGAGCCCAACACGCGGUGUUGACCAAACACCAUGGAAAGAUUCUGGAUAAGUCCUCUUGGGUCCAGGGAGCCACUGGGACUAAAAGAUACCCCUGGACCACUCAACGGACAGUGGACUUGGGCACAGGGAAAGUGACUCUCUUCCUGGUCAUCCCUGAUAGCCCCUGCCCCUUGUUGGGAAGAGACUUGCUCACCAAAAUGGGAGCGCACGUUUACUUCCAACCCGGCGGUCCCACGGUGACCGACUCUCAGAACCGGCCAUUAUCGGUACUUAUGCGUUUGGAAGAUGAGUAUCAGCUCCACCAAACAGCACCCCCUCAGGAACAAAAUAUCGAGUCCUGGCUUCUCCGGUUCCCUGAAGCCUGGGCGGAAACAGGAGGAGUAGGACUAGCUAAGCACCGAUGGCCCUUUAUAGAACUUAAACCUGGGGCCGACCCCGUCCGGGUCAAACAGUACCCCAUGUCCACUGAGGCUAGAUUGGGUAUCACGCCUCACAUCCAUCACCUCCUGAACUCAGGGGUGCUACGCCCCUGCCACUCAGCUUGGAACACACCCCUGCUGCCAGUAUGUAAGCCCAACAGCGGGGACUACCGGCCUGUACAAGACCUGAGGGAAGUUAACAAGCGGGUUAUGGACAUACACCCUACUGUCCCUAACCCCCACACUCUCCUCAGUGCCCUGAGGCCUAACAAGAAAUGGUACACUGUUCUCGACCUAAAGGAUGCCUUUUUCAGUUUGCCCUUGGCACCCAAAAGCCAGGAUCUCUUUGCGUUCGAAUGGACAGAGAAAGGCAUAAACGGGCAGUUGACAUGGACUCGUCCCCUGCAAGGAUUCAAGAACUCGCCCACCCUGUUUGAUGAAGCCCUCCACGAGGAUCUAAGUGAGUACAAGAGACAAAAUCCUAAUAUAAUGCUCUUGCAGUAUGUAGAUGAUCUCUUAAUAGCCGCAGAGACUCAACAGGCCUGCCUUCAAGGAACCGAAAAUCUCCUUCGGACGCUCAGUGACUUGGGGUACCGGGCCUCAGCAAAGAAGGCCCAGAUCUGCAAGCCUGAGGUAGUGUACCUGGGAUACCUGCUGAGAGGGGGGCAAAGAUGGCUCACUGAUGCCCGCAAGGACACUGUGCUCCGCAUCCCCUGACCUACCUCGCCACGCCAGGUAAGGGAGUUCCUGGGGACAGCAGGAUACUGCCGACUACGGAUACCGGGCUUCGCUGAGAUGGCCAAGCCCCUAUACAUAGCCUCCAAGAACCAGCAGAAUUUUGAAUGGACAGAGGAGGCAGAGCGAGCCUCCCAACAGAUAAAGGAGGCCCUCCUCUCAGCACCGGCUCUGGGACUGCCAGACAUUUCCAAACCAUUCCACUUAUAUGUGGAUGAGCGUAAUGGGGUGGCAAAGGCAGUAUUGACCCAACACUUAGGCCCCUGGCCUAGACCCAUAGCAUAUCUUUCAAAGAAAUUAGACCCAGUGGCAGCAGGGUGGCCUCCUUGCCUUUGAAUGAUAGCGGCCACCGCCUUGAUGGUAAAAGACGCCGAUAAGUUGUCAAUGGGUCAGGAAUUACAUGUGACCACCCCUCACGCUAUUGAGGGCGUCCUUAAACAACCUCGGUGGAUGAGUAAUGCUCGCAUGGUCCACUACCAAGGACUGCUGCUAAACCCCCUGAGAAUAACUUAUACUCCCCCUCGGGCUCUAAACCCCGCAUCACUGUUACCUGACCCGGACCUAGACACCCCCCUCCAUAACUGCGCCGACGUAUUGGCCCAGGUUCACAGGCUAAGGGAAGACCUGCAGGACUAUCCCCUGACAAAUGCCGAGGUCGUUUGGUUCACUGACGGCAGCAGUUUCGUCCACGAAGAACAGAGGCACGCAGGGGCUGCGGUCACAUCUGAAACAGAACUUAUCUGGGCGGAAGCAUUGCCUCCGGGCACCUCAGCACAGAAGGCUGAGUUAAUAGCCCUGACCCAGGCCCUUAAGUUGGGGCAAGGCCUCCGGAUGACUGUAUACACAGAGCGAUAUGCCUUUGCCACGGCCCACAUUCAUGGAGCAAUUUACAGGGAGAGGGGGCUACUCACCGCCGAAGGGAAAGACAUCAAAAACAGGGACAAAAUUUUGGCCCUACUAACAGCCAUCUGGGCCCCCAAGAAGCUAGCCAUAGUACAUUGCCCUGGCCAUCAGAAACCAAACGAUCCGGUCUCCCGGGGAAAGAAUUUUGCUGACCAGACUGCUGGCCAGGCAGCCUACGGGAACAUUCCAGUGCUACCCAUACAGCUAUCCAACCCGGGACCCCGAGAACUGCCGUCUCGCCCCGAGUACUCUGAGGAAGACAUCACCUGGAUGAGUAAACUCCCGAUGACUCAGGUCAAGGAUGGUUGGUGGCGGGAUGCUAAGGACAACAUCAUCCUCCCCGAGGCCCUGGGACAGGCAAUCUUAGAGCGGAUUCAUCACACGACCCAUUUGGGCUCCAGAAGACUCCAGGACCUUAUGAGGCAAUCCAGGUUGACCAUCAAAAACAUCACCGAAAAAGCCAAAAGAAUUGCCUCAGGUUGUACAGUCUGCCGGCUUCAGAACGCUUACCCACGUCCCGCUGUGAUUGGAUCCCGAGAAAGAGGGACCCUGCCGGGGGCCUACUGGGAGAUAGAUUUUACAGAGGUAAAGCCUGGAAAAUAUGGCUAUAAGUAUUUACUGGUAUUUGUAGAUACCUUUUCAGGAUGGACUGAGGCUUUCCCAACCAAGCAUGAAACAGCGCAGGUUGUAGUAAAGAAACUACUGGAGGAUAUUCUGCCCAGGUAUGGCUUUCCUGUUAUGAUGGGAUCAGAUAAUGGGCCAGCCUUCGUCUCUAAGGUAAGUCAGGGCCUGGCUUCCGUACUUGGGGCUAAUUGGAAAUUACAUUGUGCAUAUAGACCCCAGAGCUCAGGACAAGUAGAGAGGAUGAAUAGAACCUUAAAAGAGACCCUUGCUAAAUUGACCAUGGAGACUGGCGCUAACUGGGUGGCUCUACUCCCCUACGCUCUGUAUCGGGUACACAACACCCCUUACAAGCUGGGACUCACGCCCUAUGAAAUCAUGUAUGGCAGGCCUCCUCCCAUCAUACCCAAACCCAAGGCCGAUCUCAUUGAGUCGGACCAGGAUAACUCACUCUUGUUUUCCCUCCAAGCCCUGCAGUGGGUCCACAAAAGAAUUUGGCCUAAACUGAAGGAUCUAUACGAGACGGGCCCAUCACCCGCAUCCCACCAACACCGCCCUGGGGACUGGGUCCUCAUCAAGCGACACCGGCCCGAGACUCUUGAACCCAGAUGGAAAGGGCCUUACCAGAUCAUCCUGACCACCCCUACGGCUGUUAAAGUGGACAACAUAGCAGCCUGGAUCCACCAUACUCACGUCAAACCAGUCGACCCCCUUUCGGAUCUCGUCGGGAAACCUAACCCGGACGCCAAGUGGACGGUUGACCAUAGUAAGGACAAUCACCUUAAGCUCACCCUGCGCCGAAACCCUCCCCCUCAGUAG